AUGGAUUUCUUUUUUAGUCUGUUUUCUUUCACAACAUUACUCAGAAAUAUCUUUUGUUUGUCUGUACACGUAUAAACGAUAGCAAAUCAUUUUUUCAGUAAGAGCAAAGAGAAGGCAGGAAAGGGAAACUUUGGAAUUCAAAAAAAAUUAAAGAUGAAUGUAAAAAUAUUUUUUUUAUCCGUGAUUGAAAAAGAGAUUUAAAAAUAUAGAACUUGGUAGACUUCUCCUUUAAGUUCAGCAGGACAAAUUUCUUCCCCAAAACUUGACUUUCAGUUCCUACUUUGUAGGGAGUUCAAUAAUUCCCCCCCUGGAAAUUGUACCCUAUAAUUUGGAAUAUUUCAUAUUUUUAUAUUAGUGUAAAUAAUCCUUCAUUUCUAUCCAAUCCUUGAUUUUAUUGCUAUAGAAUUGUACAUUGAAGCUUUUACUUUAGUUUCUUUUCAGGAGAUCUAUGGUCCUCUGGCUUGUGGGUAUAGUAAGCAUAUAAGGCAAAAUCGGAAUCGCGUGGCCAGGAAGGUCUUAGUAAAGGCAGUGACUUUUAAUUUGGGGAAGGCAUGGCAUUUGGAGAUAAGUGGCUUGACCAGGGGCACAAAGCUAGUAAGUAUGAACUGUCUGAGGUCGAAUUUGAAUUCAGGUCCUCCUGCCUUCAGGGCUGGUGCUCUAUCCACUACAUUUACUUUUCAAAAAGGACCAGGGUGGGGAGUUUGGGGACUAAAACCAUUCUUCCUCUCUUCCCCCCUCGGUCUUCCAGAGUCGAUCCCAGACACUUCCUCUCUGCUGAGUCUGCCCAGAUUUUCAGUUUCAUUUACUUUUUCAGUCGACGUCAUCCCUGUCUCAGAAUUUUCGUGCCUGUUCACGCAAAAGGGUGGAAAUUUCUCAUCAACCUUUGGAUGAGUUACUCCCUUGCCUCUCUCUCUUUUUCUUUCCCUCCUUUCUCCCUCUCAGCCCUUUUCCCGGAGCAGACCAGCCUGUGCGUGUCCCUUCCAGAGCCUCAGCAGCUUACCCCGAACUACUACAUUUUGGGCGCCCCCGAAUUCGGUUUUCUUCUGAGCCGAGACGCCGCAGAGCAAGCUUCAGCCUUGAAUUGAAAAGACAGUCAUGGAGUCUGGAGGAGACAAGAAGGUACUUCAGCCCACCUCAAAUGAUGAGCGGAAUAUGUCCAUGUCUAACAUGGUAAAACAGGAGCAACUCUUACCUUAUACUGGAAAGGAGGAGCUUGGAAACAACACCUCACUAUCAAGUGAGGAUGGUAAAUGUAAUGAGCCGAUUGCCACGGCAGAUGUCACAGAUGACACAGAAGUUGAAUUUUCCAUUAAGAUAAGACAAAAGAAUAAAAAAUCAGAAGAUAAAUAUAUGGUAUUUGGGAAACCCAAUGAUAGUGUGUAUAAAAUGAUAAUAAAGAAUGAGAUUGUUGAGAAUGAACUGAAGAAACGACCAAAAGAGGAAAUGAGAGUGUCUAUAGAUGAAACUAGGGAAGAUGGAACGUUUACUAUAUAUUUGAACUUAGGGAUGCCCCUGAAAUGUCUGCCAGAGAAUUCUCAUCUCCAUAUUACAUUUUUCAAUAGCAACGAGGAUCAGGACGAUUUACAAAAAUACAACAAAACUAUUGGUCAAAAAUGCUUCACAUUUUAUAUUUCUGUGACGGGGAUGGAGAUAAAAAAAAUCAUUAAACCCAAAUAUGAUGCCCCAAAAUAUGACUAUCUUUUGGUCUUUGGCACUGGAGGGGACACUGUAGGUGAUGCCCUACGCAACGAUGGCAGAUUCCUUCCCUGGGUGACAGGUGACAGUUGGACAUUAGUCAAAGACGAAACAAACUAUCCGAAUACUUACCCCAUGGAAAAAGUAGCAAACCAGAAAUUCAAGGUGUGUGUUCAUAAAAAUAAAAAAACAAUAGCACAUGAAAAUGGAAGUGAGAAGAAGACGACUACAACAAAAAAGUGCAAACAAAAACCCCAUUCAAAGGAACAGCCAGAUCACCUUGAUACCACCCAGGAAGGUGCACAGUCUCCCAGUGCUGAUGACAAGUUUCUGAAGCCAGAGAUGCUAAAGGAAGACAGGAAACGAAUUCCUGCAGGAUCUAAGCCAGAGCAAAGCCAGUUCUAUAUAUUAAAAGAGUAUAUCUUUAAAACAUAUACCUUUUUCACAAGGGAGAAUAACUUGAUUAGUCAUUUCUUUCAGACAGAGGAAGAAAAGGUUAGGGAACAAGACAUUGGGUUAUUUAAUCUACAUCAAGAAAAAUAUGGCAAAGUAACUGAGGAUGCUACGACAUCCAAAAACUUUAAAACACUUGCUACUUUACUUGAUUCCAUUGGGUAUAUAUGUGUGAACUACAAUGGACAAAGUGUCUCUGGUACUUGCUUUGUCUUUUGGGACAGGUACAUUCUUACUUGUCGACAUGUACUAGACUUGAUAAUUACACAAGUGGAAGAACCAAACUGGGCUCAGGCAAUUAGUGAAAAUUCAUUUGUGACUUUCACUGAUGAAAACCCUUCAGAGUCCCCAAAAAGAUACACUAUUGAGGCCUGGUUUGAAGUCUCAAGUAUUCCUCUUGACUACGCAGUCUUACAAUUGAAGGGAAAUGAAAUUCCUAAAGGUUUAUUUAAGCAGAAGCAGAACACUGAAACGCCCCAUGAUGGCACAGUUUUUAUUAUUGGACACCCAGAAGGAUGGCUGAAGAAAAUUGACAUCUGUAUGGUGAUCCCUCUGGCAGAAAGGGAAAAUACAUACCAGACAGUUCUCCAGGAUAGGAAGAAGCCAGAAUGCAAUCCUACAAACUGUCCAGAAAAUAAAACAAAAUGUGUCCACAUGUUCAGUCCCAAGAGUUUCAGAGAACACAAAGUGAUGGAUUCUGAAGAUUUCUUGACCUACCACACCAGCUUCUUCUCUGGGUCCUCUGGCUCCCCAGUACUGGAUGCAUCUGGUCGCCUGGUUGCCUUACAUGCUGCUGGCUUCUCAUAUACAUAUCAGCAACAGCAACAGAGCAUCAUUGAGUAUGGCUAUUCUAUCAAUUCCAUUCAUGAAGAUAUGGUGCACAAUCAUGGAAGUUGGUAUAAUUUAUUAUUUCCAUACCCACAGGAUGUAGAAAUGGAGAGCUGUGAUGAUUCUCCACAAGGUUUUUGCCUUCAAGGAAGAUGCCUCUGAUGCUUUCUGCAAUCUGAGGGAGAAGACGGUGGUUUCCCAAGACUUAAACCAGGGUCUGUGCCCCGGUACUGAUUAGAGUUCUUUCAUACAUUCCCAUUCUCAUGGACACAUAAUUUCUCAUGGAAGAUUGACAACUGACAUUUACAUAGCACCUUAAGGGUUGCAUAACCCCUUCUAGAAAUUAUCUUCCCUGAGCCUCACAACACUAUGAUGUGGGUAUCUAAAACCUGAGGCUGGAAGAAAUAGUAAACAGUUAUAGGCUGAUUGGGGUCAGAGACUGGGGUCCAAAUGCCAGUUUUCUUGACUUCAAGUCAAUUACCCCUCCACACCUCAUGCUGCUUCUCCAUUUCUGAAACAGCAAGUGGUGAAAAUGCCCAACAAUCCUCCUCCAUGUUCCUCUGGCUCCUGGUGACGUCAAAAACUGAAGAAGACUGACAGCCCAUUGGAUGGACUUGCUCUGGGGCUCCAUAGGUUAAUAGAGACCAGAUGUGGGAGGGAUAAGCAGGUGUGACUGACUUAUGGUCUAGAUUAUUGGAGGGAAGUCCUCCUCUUAUCAAUUUCAUAACUCUCCUGAAGACCUAAAUGAUUGAAAUAUAUCUGGGAUACUACUGUACCUUGUGGGUUUUCUGCUGUUCUUAAUUUUUACCCAGUUCAAAUAUUUUUCCUGUUAUAAGUAUUCUCAAUAAUAUUUUUUUUUUUUACUACUUUUAGCCUGGAAGUAGUGUUUGUCAAAAGAUUAUGAAACAAUAAAAACAAUACAAUACAAUA